AUGCGCUUGCUGAUUGUAAUAGCCGGUUUGAGCUUCCUCGUGCUCAUUCAAGCGGUUUCGCACUUUGCAGUAGCACGAACACACGGACACGACUGCAACGACGAGCACGAGCACGCCACAGCAAAUUGCCAGUAUAAUUUGCCACAGGCUGUGUCUGAUGUGCUGUUUGAGUCGACAGUCGACGAUGAAGUUGUGUUUGACAAUGUGGAGGCCGCGUUUGACAACGUUGAAGCGCUCGACGACGAUGAGGUAGAGUCUAACGACGAUGAGUUUGUUUCUGUAAGCACGCAACAAGCAAGUCAGUCUUGCGUACGAAACAACGAGUACCUUUUCGAUGCCUUCAUGUUACCUGAAGUGAUGGAAUGCUCCAAGGUGGCAGGCACCGGUGACGGUGUGGGAGACAACGGCGGCGUCGAUGUCACGAGAGUGGAGCUAGUGCUGAUUGAUAAACUGGACGAGUAG